AUGGAGGGUUUGGACGGCCUCAACGUCACAUUAAAUACCACAGCGUCUGCCGCCUCUCCUACUUCAAUAUUCGAUACCCUGCAAGAUGUGAGCUUCCUCCUGCUAGAGUUGAAGAUCGUCAGCGGCGCCAUGGGAAUCAUCUAUCUCGGAGCUCAUGGCUCUCUACGCCGUCCACCAUCUGCGGCUGUCUCAAAGGACAAGAAACGCCGGAAGCAGGACGACGAGACGUUUAGCCAGGGACUGGAGCUCUCUGAUGCCAUCCUGUUUCCCAUCAUGGCUGCCUGUGUUCUUGUUGGGCUUUACUAUCUUAUCCAGUGGCUCCAGGACCCAGCAAUCAUUAACAAGAUUCUUCGCUCGUACAUGACCACCAUGUCUAUGGUGAGCUUGCUGACGUUUUAUGCACAUGGGAUCCAAGUGCUGACGUCGUUUGUGUUUCCUCGUUUCUGGCGUGGGAGAGAUGGAAAGCUUCGAAGAGUUGAUCAGGCGAAAAGGACUGUUGCGGUUUGCGACGACGCGGGCAAUGAACUUGAGAACCUCGAUGCUGGGAAGGCGAAUCCGCUUCCUGGCGCCUUGGGUUUCUUUACGCCGGUGGCGUGGCUGCAGCAAAAGGCUUGGAACCUGAGGGAUCUCCUGACGAGGCACUGGCUGCUGGAGAUGUUUGUGCAUGGAAUGGGCAAAGAGACAGCGCACGUCAAGUUUGCGCACAUGAUGGCGCUGUUGAUGGCUGUGGUAACGGCGAUUGUGUACUUUGCGACCUCGUGGCCAUUCCUGUCCAAUAUGCUGGGUUACGGCAUGUGUUAUGGGUCGUUUUUGAUUCUUUCGCCGACGGAUUUCCUUACUGGAUCGCUCGUGUUGUGGGGUCUCUUCUUCUAUGACAUCUUCAUGGUGUUUUAUACUCCUUAUAUGGUGACGGUGGCCACGACUCUUGACGUGCCAAUCAAGCUCACGUACGAGGCAGCGUCAAGGAAGAGCAUCCUUGGGCUCGGAGAUAUUGUGAUUCCUGGAAUGGUUAUUGGCUGGGCACUUCGACUUGAUCUCUGGAUCCACUACUAUCGGAAGAUCAGAUACGAGUCUACUGACUUGAAGAUCAUCGAGAAGCACUCUGGCUCUGGAGAAUCCAUCACGCGAAGCGAGACCAAGCACAGAGAGGUUAAGACUCCAUAUGUCGAUGUCAAAGGGAACUGGGGAGAGCGCAUCUGGACUCGUCAAGCUUUUGGCCUUGUUAGUUCACAAACCCUUCCUGCUGAGGUUGCCGCGUCAAGGUUCCCCAAGACGUACUUUUACGCCUCCAUGGUGGGAUACUUUUUGGGGAUGCUAGUUACGUUGGCCAUGCUGCUCAUCUUUAAGCAUGGACAGCCGGCGUUGUUGUAUCUUGUGCCGGGAGUGCUUGGGUCUUUGCUGCUGACCAGUUUGGUGCGCGGAGAGUUUAAGGAGUUGUGGAUGUAUACUGAGGAUGGAAGUUUAGACACAGUAGACGUGGUGGUUGACCUAGACGGGAACGGCAAGGCAAUCAAGACGAUUGGCAAGUUGGAGGACGGCGUGGUGGACACGACAAAGGACGAGAAGAAGAAGGAUGAAGAGAAGAAGGAUGACGAAAAGGAGAAGGAGAAGAGCAAAGAAAAUAGUACGGAAGCGGGACAGACUGGCAGGAAAGGGCAUAAGGUGUUUUCCUUUUCACUAGAGGCGCCUUCUGAGGGGGCGGAGGAGAAAGAUCAUGAGGAGUAA